AUGUCGCGCCCGCCGCCUGUGCGAGCCGUCCCGCCGGAUCUCUCUAUUCUUCUCUUCACAUCUCGAGCUCCAGCGGUGACGCUCCAACAACCACACGUCGUGAUCGCCGACCUUCUGCUGUCCUGCCUCCUUCCCUUCGCCUUUAUCUUUCCCACCUACACCUACCAUUUGGCCUCUACCAUUGCUGAAUCGGUAUGGCGUGGAGUACAGCGCAUCUGCGAGGACUCGAAUGGAGCAGACAUCAUCCUGGCUGGUGAUGACUUGCCUGCUGGUGAAAGUGCGAUCGUCGUCGCAAACCACAUAGAAUGGUCCGAUUUCUACCUUAUCCAAGCCUUGGCCAUCCGCGCUGGUAUGCUUGGUCGUUGUCGAUGGUUUGCAAAGAAUGCACUCAAAUGGGUGCCUGUACUAGGCUGGGGUCUGUUGGUUAUGGGAAUGCCACUAGUUAGUCGCAAGUGGGUCGAGGACAAAGAUGAGAUGGAGCGGCUGUUCAGCGGCAUCCAUAAAGGGCGCUGGCCUAUCUGGCUUGUGUCUUUCAGCGAAGGCACGCGAUAUAGGCCGAAGAAGCAUGCAGAAGCAACGCGUUGGUGCGAAGCCAACGGAAAGCCAGCACCUCGACAUACUUUGCAUCCUCGCACAAAGGGAUUCGUUGCUACCGUCCAGCAAUUACGCAAGACGCCUCAUGUGAAGGCUGUAUACGAUGUUACUGUUGCCUAUGCCGAGCAUGACAAGUUCAUGUCUCCGCCGUCUUUCUUCAAAACUGUCUUCCAGCCCAAUCUGGCACAGGAUUAUCGGAUGUAUGCUCAUGUUCAACGCUUUGAGCUGAACUCUUUACCCAAAACAGACGGCGAGAUUGCGCGGUGGCUCGAAGAGAGAUGGGUUGACAAAAGUGAGAGACUGGCAAAGCUAAAGAAGGCACUGGACUAUGGAGAACCUUGGAAAGGGACAUUGAACAAGAUCUGA